AUGGCUACCGGAGUCAACAGACCUAAAGGUUUCAGCAGUCAGUCAUACUCCCCCGCGUCAUCCAGAGGGAGUCCCAGUAUCCCGCCAACCAACAAGCAGCUGCUCAACCCGCUGAAUACAAAGGUGGACCCCGUGGACCAAGAGGCCAAGACCAAAGAGAAGGACCAGAUGGUCGGACUCAAUGACAAGUUUGUGGCUCUCAUUGAUAAGGUGCGUAACUUGGAACAGCAGAACAAAGCUCUGGAAACCCGCCUGAAGAUCUUGCUGGAGCAGGAGAACUACAAAGGCAAUAUCGAUGACAUUGUCAGCCAGCUGGCCGCUAACCUGCGAAAACAGAUCGACUCCCUGGCCCGAGACCGACAGAAGUUGGAGAACGAGCUGAACAAAAGCCAAGAUGAUGUUGAAAACACCCGCGCAAAGUACGAGGAUGAGCUCCAGAAAAAAGCAGAAGCGGAGAAUGACUUUGUGCUCACCAAGAAGGAUGUGGACGAAGGCUACCUGCAGAGGGUGGGUUUGGAGCUGAAGCUGGAGGAUCUUUUGAGCGAGCUGGACUUUCUCAGGAAGGGUUACGACGAGGAGAUCAAGGAGCUGGAGUCUCUGAUCCAGAACGAGACGGUGGUUCUGAAGAGCGACGGCGCUCGGGAUCUGGACAUGGAUGAGAUUCUGAAGGGGGUCCAAGCCCAGUAUGAGACGAUGGCCACACGCAGCAGGGAGGAGGCAGAGCACUGGAACAGGAAGAAGAUGGAUGACAUGGUCCUGAAAGCUGGAAAACAUGAGCAGGAUGUCCGGGACAUCAAGAAGGAGAUCGCUGACAUCCAGAGGAACAUCCAGAGACUCAGAAACGAGAUCGACGCUCUCAAGAGAAAGAAAGAGAGUUUGGAGGGUGACAUAAAGAACGCCGAGGAAAACGGGCAGAGGGCGAUCGACGAGGCCCGUGAGCAGAUCGCCCAGCUGGAGGAGGCUCUCCGUCGAGACAAACAGGUCAUGGCGCAUCAGGUGCGUGAGUACCAGGUGCUCAUGAAUCUCAAACUCGCCCUGGACAUCGAGAUCGCCACCUACAGGAAACUUCUGGAAGGAGAGGAGAUGAGAAUGGCUGAACAACAACGCAAUCAAUAUGACGUCAAGGAUCAAGGCACCCAAAGUCAAGAGCCCCCACCUGUCACCAAUCCAGACACACCCAAGAGAAGCCUGCUCAUCAAAAUUGAGGUGAAGAACGGACGGGUGAUCUCAGAAAGCUCCCAGUUUCUUUAA